UUUCAUUGAGGGUGAAGUGCUGCGAUGGAAAAGCCGAAGGUGAAAGUCUCUUACACCGAGGCCGGAGUUGACUGGCCGUCCCCGGAACGCAAAGACUUUGCAAAGUUCACCGAUAUACGGGCCAGCAACUAUUUAUUCUGUCGUACACCCAGGAAAGCAGUUCCCAGUGAAACAACCCUCCAAGUCAUCCACCACAGAACUCCCAGGACGACCUUGGAAUUCUGUCUCCACGGUCCUCUCUGACCUCGACCCUCGUUUUGCCUUGACUCGCUUGCCACCCCCAAAAUGAGGUUCACCUCAACUGUCCUGGCCGUGGCCGCGGCCAUCUUGGUUCCCGCAACCAUGGUUGUAGCCCAGGACCCCAACAACUGCAACACGGAGGAAAAGAAACGCGACGGCGCCGACUUUGUCCUGACGGAACAGAAAGCGUACGACCUCAGCAAACUGUCCAGCUACUUUAGCUCCAACGGCAAAAAGGUCAAGGUCUCGGACGUGUUUGAAGAUGGCAACCACAAGAUGACCGAGGACGGGCUCGGCCACAGGAUCUGGGAGCGGACGCCCGACUACGAUGACCUGACCACGGAGAAAUGGAUCCCCCAGGGCAUCACCACCACCGCCGAUGCUUUGGACACGGGCAUCUACGAAGGGAAGGACGGCUUUCUCGUCAGCUGGCACCGCGACGAUGACAGUGCUGUCAGGGUCACCUUUGUGAACAAGGGUGAUAACACCUACCGUCAUGCCUUGCUUGUCCAGCCGGAUGGCACAGAUAACUUCAAAAAUGUCCCCAUCCACGCGGGAGGCAUUUUGUGGUACGGCUCCACGCUGUGGGUGGUAGACACGAGCAACGGCCUCCGCGUUUUCGACAUGUCGAAUAUCUGGCAAGUUGGGUCCGGCGACGGGGUUGGCAAGACCUCGAGCGGCGGAUACUCGGCGGCUGGUUACAAAUAUGUUAUUCCCCAGCUGAGGUCUUAUAAGUGGACAUCCAGCUUCCCCUUCCGCUUCUCCUUCGUCAGCCUGGACCGCACCUCCACCCCCGACAGCAUCCUCGUCGGCGAAUACCAGAGAGAUUCAGACACCGCGCCCGUGCGCAUGGUACAGUGGAACAUCAACGCCACGGACCGCCGGCUCCGGGACCUGGACUCGCAGGGGCGCGCCAAGGGCAUCUGGGCCUACUGUGUCAACAUCGACCGCAUGCAGGGCGCGGUCCAAGCCAACAAGAAGAUCUACAUCACCAGGGACAACAUCAACGACCCCGGCGACAUGUUUGGGUGGAUCCCGGGACAGAUUGCCUACCAGAACCGGUACUUUACCACCGAGAAGCCUGAGGAUUUGAGCUAUGACAAGAGAGGCCCCUGGUUGUACACGGUCACCGAGCUGGCGGGGAGGAGAUACAUCUCGACUUUUGAUCCCGCUCAGGUCAAGUUCUCGUGAGAAGAGAAAGGGCUUGUGAGAUGGUAUCACGACCCGGGCUGCAUUGAUGGUACUUAGUGCUUGGACAGUGCAGGAUACCUUACUUUAUGCAUCAUAUUCCAUCUCUGUAUCUAGGUGAGUUAUACUCAGACGUAUAUACAAAGAGCC